CAAUUACUAAAGCAAAGAAAGCAACAACAAUAAGAAAUAAGGGCAAAAAAUAAAAAUAAUCAAGAAUAACAUGACUUGAAAUACUUAUUUCUUUAUUUUGUUUUUAAAUAUAAUUUUUGUGAUUUUGUUUUGUGGUAUUAUUUAGUCAUUGAGACGACGAUGACUACUAGAGCUACUACUGCUACUAUACUAAUGACUACCGACUGACUGACAGACAGUAUUCCUAAGUGUUUGGCUGCAAAUCAAUGCUGUUUUUGCACUUGAAACUAAAAGAUACAAAAACUAUCAGAUAAAUUUUAUUUUAUAACAUUAAUAACAAUAAAAAAAACAAAAGAUUUAUUAAAAAAAGAAUUCCAAAGUGUUCCCAAAAACAAAAUUACUUAAUCUUCUCAAGACUUAACGUUACUAAACGAAAUUUUACACUAAUUUAAAAAAUAAAUAUUAUUAACGGCAACAACAAAUUACAAAAAGACCUUCAUACUCUCUAGCUUUACCAAAGCAAAAUCUUAUCAAAAAAUUCUGAAAUUGUGAAAAAAACUGAUAAAAAAACACUCACUAACUGAGGAAUUACAACAAUUUAAAAAAAGUAACUGAGCAAAAAAAAACUAUAGUAAAAAAGUGAAAAAGAUAAAAAAAAAUUACGUUUAAAAAUUAUAAAAAUAAUAAUAAAAAUUAAACAAAUAAAUAAAUUUGCAGUGUUAGAGCUUUAAUAAAUUACAAAAAAAAAACGUUGUCAACACUGUUAUUUGACUAUUCAAUUAACUGUUUUUUCACACUUGCAUACCAGACAGACACAACACACAGAUACUCUGCUGCUGCUCUCAACUACCUCUGUAUAUGAACAACUAGAGAACAAACCAAAAAAUUAAAAAAAAAAACAAAAAAAUGGCAAGAGAUCGAUUGCCAGAAUUAAUACAGCGCUCAAACAGCUGUAAUUCUACGAAUGGUACAACAAUAUCGUUGGAAAGGCAAAACUCAGCAGCCAAUAUGCAACAAAAUACACCCGUAGAUGCCAUACUCAAUCCGUAUUCGGAAAUACGCACACACUUAGCACAAAUAGCAGCAAAUUUGGAGUCAAUGAAUCGUAUGACACAGGCAGCAAACAUACGAAGUUUUAAUGAAAAUGAAAUGGAUCAAUUGCGAAAACACAAUCUACGUUUGGGUAAUCAAUUGAUGACAAAAUUUCAGGAGUUCAAAGCAAAUCUACCGGCAGAAAAUGAUUAUACGCUAGAGGCGCGCAUGAAGAGAACUCUGUUCUAUGGCCUGCAUCAGAGUUAUAUAAAUAUGUGGACCAAGAAUGAGACAUUCUUACAGAAUUAUGAACAGAAGUUGAAGAAAAAUUUACAAAUGCAAUCCAAGAUAAUCAAUUGUAAUGCCACCGAAGAAGAAAUCGAAGAAUUAAUUGCCAAUAAACAAACUAGUCUAUUUGUAGGAAAUAUUUUAGAAGAAACCGAAAAGGAACGCAAAACACUACAAGAUCUCAUGGAUCGUUUCAAUGAACUGAAGAAACUAGAGAAAUCCAUAGAAGAAGUGCAUGCAUUAUUUUUGCGGAUACAAUGUUUAGUUAUGGAACAGAGUGAAACCAUACAACGUGUUGAGUUCCAUGCCCAACAGGCCACUCUGUUCGUGGACAAGGGUGCUGAUGAACUGGAAAAAGCUGAUAAAUUACAUAAAAAAGCUUUGAAGAAAAAGGUGAUGCUUAUUUUAAUUGCUAUUGUUGUAUUACUGGUGCUAAUUUUAAUUGGUGUAUUUUUGUGAUGUCUUUUUUAAUUAAUUUUUCGUUUUAGUUUUAAACUAUUUAAGUACUUUAUGUUAUAAGUUAAUUUAACUUAUUUGUGUGCAAAAUAAGAAAAAGUAUUAAAGUCCAAAGAAUGUCAAUUUAUACUAAACGGAAGUGUCACUUUCGUUUAAGGAAAUUUAAAACUGAAUAAAAUAAUGAAAGUUUAUUUAGAAAAUAUAAUUAAAUUUUAUUAUAAAAUUAUUUAAAAUGAUAUAAGUUGAUUAAGUUAUUCGAAAGUUUUCCGAAAUAUAAUAA